AUGGCUCGAAAGAAGCUGAAACUUGCGUAUAUAACAUGUAACUCGAAGAGGAGGGAAACAUUCAGAAAGAGGAAAUCUGGUCUUAUGAAGAAGGUUAAUGAACUUAGCACCCUUUGUGGAAUAGAAGCUUGUGCCAUAAUCUAUGAUCAGAACAAUCCUCAAGCAGAGGUUUGGCCAUCAGAUUCAAGAGUCAAAAGUGUGUUAUCGAGAUUUGGGAGUUUGUCUGAAUUGGAGCGAAACAAAAAGAAGGUGGAUCAAGAGGUUUUCUUAAGGGAAAGCAUAGAGAAAACAUGUGAUCAAUUGAACAAAAAAAAGGAGGAAAAUAAGAAGAAAGAAAUGGCCAAUAUAAUUGAUCCUUACAUUCAUAAUGGUGAACUUAAUAGCAAUUUAAUGAGCAAAUAUGAUUUCAAUGAUUGGUCAUCUUUUAUUGAUGAGAAUCUAAAGGAAAUCGAUCGAAAGAUGAAAAGAAUGCAAAUUGAAGCCCAAGAUCCUUAG